CAGGCUGUGGAGCUGGCGACGCACGAAACUCGCAUCGUCCAAGUGCUCGAGUGAGUAUAUCCAGCAAUGCGGCUUUGCUUGACGUUGCGCGACUGUCCGACAGAGGCUUGUUGGACAAGGCAUUGGAUAGGGUGUCGGGAACGAAAGAAGGUAGCAUCAAGCAAUGGUUACACCUGCAAGAAGUUACAUAUGACAUAAGUACAAGCAAGGUUAUUAACAAGCAAUACUUACAAGAUGUUCCAUGUUGCUCUUAAUACUGCAUAAGUAUCUACUCGUAAACCAUUUCCAUUAGCAUUAACACGAUAGUGCUUCACUUGUUAGUAUGAGGCGUUUGCCACGACAUUCUCCAGUCUGACUGCCUCCACUUUUCGUAUGAAUCUCCGGACAGGCAAGCAAAUGGGAAUCCGCGC